AUGUACACAACCCGUCGUAAAACUGGCUUUGUUGGGUUUCUUGUGGCAAUUGAUAGCAUUAAGUCAAUAUUAUUUGAAUUGGUUGACAAAAAAGAAGCACCAAUGAACUAUAUUCUAACAUACAAGUUCAGCCAAGAUCACUUGGAGCUUUUCUUUGGUGCAAUCCGGUCCUCGGGCGGGUUUAACAACAAUCCAACAGCCGAGCAAUUUACUGCAGCAUACAAAAGACUGUUACUGAGAAGCAGUAUCCAAGGCCGCAAUGGAAACUGUACCAAACAAGAUGAAACUGACAUACUGGAAGUGAUUGGGGACACCUACAAAGCAAAAAACAGUACAGAUUCAAAUAUAACAAUUAAUGAUGCUGCUAUCAUCCGGAAAUAUGACUUACAAGGGACAAACCAAAACCAAGAUGAUGACGAUGAUUAUAGUGAUGCACCCAGCUUUUCCACAGUUUCCGAAUUUAAAAUGGCUGCAAUAUCUUACAUGGCUGGCUAUGUUGCCCAGAUGGUCCAAAAGAAAACUACUUGUUCUGUUUGUCAUGAAGCAGUUGGUUCAAGACAACACAGAAGUGAAUCUGCUUUUCUGACUUUAAAAGACAGGGGUAAUUUGUUCAAACCGGCAGUUAGUGUUAUAGCAGUAUGCACUGAAACAGAAAGGUGUUUUCAACGAAUGUUAGCAGCAACAGAUG